GACAUUAACCCUGCAACAACAGCCCCCAUCCAGUCUGAGGUGACGAUGACGACGCCGGCUGAGAAGACACAGGAGAAGAAGGCUGAGGAUGUUGUGGCCGUGGAGGAAGAGGAAGAAGAAUAUGUGGUGGAGAAAGUUUUGAAUCGAAGGGUGGUGAAAGGGAGAGUGGAGUACCUUCUUAAGUGGAAAGGCUUUUCUGAGUGAGUUUACACAAUACAGAUGUGAUAUGUAUUUUUGUAUCCCUAUGUGGAAUGUUUGUAUUGACCAAACAAAACCCCUCUUUCACUCCAAUGCUGUUUUCUGGCUUAAUUAACACUGCCUUUGUUUCUUCAGUGAUGACAACACAUGGGAGCCAGAGGAUAAUUUGGACUGUCCUGACCUGAUUGCACAGUUUCUGCAGAAACAGAAAUCAGCUCAUGAGUCUGUAGGCAAGAGGAAGUCUGCAGAGCCUAGUGUGGAAGGAGAGGAAAGUCGACCCAAGAAGAAAAAAGAUGACGUAAGUCCUAAAGAGAGAAGCGUGUACACAGAUGGCAUCGUUUUGUCUUUUUCACAUUUAGUGACAUUGAGUGACACUCUCCCUGUGUUUUAGCCAGAGAAACUAAGGGGCUUUGCUCGAGGUUUGGAUCCAGAAAGGAUUAUUGGUGCCACUGACUCCACUGGAGAACUCAUGUUCCUCAUGAAAUGGUUUGUAUUGCCCUAUUCAUUUUCAUUUCUUUUGACCUUUAUUUAUACUGGUUACUACUAGACCUAAUCAUGCAGCAGUAGCAAGUCAACUCAUGUUGCGCAUACCAUGUACCUGUCAAUUCACAUAACCCUGUGCUCUCUGUUUAUCAUGUGUAUGCAUCAAUAAAAGAAAGUGGAUCCAUUGCCUUCAAUCUCCUCAUUCUGUGCAUCCUGCCUAUUUCAUAGCACCACUACAAUUCCAGAACUAGCCAGAACCCACCACUUAAGUACUCAUCCAACUCGUGGUUCUCUCCACACGGCCUGUUCUUGUAGGAAAAACUCGGAUGAAGCAGACCUGGUACCAGCUAAGGAAGCAAAUGUGAAGUGUCCACAGGUGGUAAUAUCCUUCUAUGAGGAGCGGCUCACGUGGCACUCUUACCCCACUGAGGAGGAGGAGAAGAAGGAUGACAAGAACUAG